AACCCACGUUCAGCCCCUUCACUCACUCACCCCCCUUCCCCCAACAGUCCAACACACCCUCCUCACACGUUUUCUCUUCAGAGCUUUUUGGUUUUGCUCUCAAACAAACCCUAGCCAUCUAACCUCCACCACCGGCGCAGGGAGUGAGGCACUACCGCCGUCCGUUGCGCUGUCGUCGUGCUCCAGGUCUCCAACCCCUGUUCAUUCUCACAGUCUCACCAAUUGCAGCUUCUUCGUUGAGAUCGACAUUCGCGUCUGGUUUUCGUCUUCUCAGCCGCGCUUCUGCCGUCGUCAGUCGUCGUGUUCGUCGCCUGAUCGCCAUUGUCCGUCGCACUCAACAGAUCUUCCUUACACUCUGCCCAAACUGCUCAGAUCGAAGGUAAUGGCUUCUCUGCUCACUCAUCCACGCCGCGCGCCUCCUCCACGUCACCGGAGCCCUUGGUCCUGAGAGUCUUGUGUUCGAUUGUCACGGCGGAGGGCCAUAUACCAACGUCGCCGAUGGCCGGAUUCUAAAGUGGGAAGGAGAUGAAGUUGGUUGGACUUAGUUUGCUGUCACCUCUUCCAAUAGUUGAAUCACGGUUGGACCGGUUGAACCAAUAAAUUAAUAAACCAAUGACUAGAGCGGUUUAAUAACCGGUCUGGUUCUCAGAACCUUGUGAAAAAGUAACAAGAAGCUUGAGAGCACCACCAUGAAGAUGGACUACAUCGGCGGAACAAGUUCUCUGAUUCGGAGAGUGUGCCACUUCUGAAUCUCACUCAUUCUCUUCUCAGGUUUCAUGGAUUUCUCAAUUCUAACCUUCAUCUUUUGCCCCUUUCCUUCUCUAUCAAGAUUCUAACAGCAAUUCCCACUAACAUUUCUCAUAGCUUCAAUUUUACAUCGUAAACAUAUGUUCUUUGCUAGGUUAUUGAUGAUGGGUGCUUUUCAUUUUUGGAAAUUUGUUUCAGAAACAGAUAAAGUUUGCUGCUUGAUCAUGUGACUGAUCAUAUGAUUUUGGGGGGUUUUUGAACUCAAGUUAUGUGCUUCAGAUUUUUUAACAAUUGAUUCACAUUACUUGCAUUUGAUGAAAAGGUAGCAUUUGCAUACACGAGUUGAGUUCAGAUAACAACGUAGGUUGAAAGAUUCAGACAAUUCAAUUUUCUUUAUUAUUAUUGUUAUUAUUGAAUCCUAGUAUAUUAACCAGAAUGUUGCCUAAGAGGAAACCACAGAACAGAGUUCCCCUUGUUCCUGUGUCGGUUGUUAUCAUCGUUGUGUCAUUCAUGUUUCUCUAUUACUACUAUAUGAUGCCUAGUUCAUCCCUCAAUGGAUUGUCCAAAAAUAUGGCAUUACAUUCCGGGCAAUGCUCUAGCCAAGCAUUGGCAUUAGGGGAGAAAUUUGUUUGGUAUGCGCCGCACAGCGGGUUCAGCAACCAGCUUUCGGAAUUCAAGAAUGCGAUUCUAAUGGCAGGGAUACUGAAUAGAACCUUGAUUGUUCCUCCUAUUUUAGAUCAUCAUGCUGUUGCUCUAGGCAGCUGUCCGAAGUUUCGGGUUUUCGAUCCGAAUGAGAUUCGGAUUUCUGUUUGGAACCAUGUGAUUGAGCUCAUGCGCGAGAGAAGGUAUAUCUCUAUUGCCGAAAUUAUAGAUGUCUCAUCAUUAGUUUCUAAGUCUCUUGUCCGAGUGAUAGACCUUAGGGAUUUUGUGUCAAUAUGGUGUGGCAUCAGCUUGGAUUCGGCUUGCUUAAAUGAUUCAACAUUACAAUCCUCUGUUUCUGAAACCCUGAAGCAAUGUGGAUCCCUUAUAGCCGGGCUUCGUGGGAGUGAUAACAAGUGUGUACAUGCUAUCCGUAACGACUGCAGAACUACAGUAUGGAUUUAUGACCAAGGUGGUGGUGAGGAUGGCACAUUAGAUCCAUUCCAACCAGAUGAGCAACUGAAGAAGAAAAAGAACUUAUCAUACGUUCGGAAAAGGAGAGAUGUAUUUAAGUCUCUUGGACCUGGUUCUAAGGUUGAAUCAGCCUCACUACUGGCAUUUGGAAGCCUUUUUUCAUCCCCAUACAAAGGAUCCGAGCUAUACAUGGAUAUUCGUGAAUCUCCUCAGGAUCAAAGGCUACAAUCUUUGAUGAGAGAAAUCAAGUAUCUUCCAUUCGUCCCGGAAAUUAUGAGUGCUGGAAAGGAGUUUGCUCGCAGAACAAUAAAAGCUCCAUUUCUUUGUGCACAGCUUAGAUUGUUGGACGGGCAGUUUAAGAAUCAUCACAAGGCUACAUUUCAAGGGUUAAGACAAAGCUUAGAAUCUUUAAGGCAGAAAGGCUCCGAACAAAUCCAUAUAUUUAUAAUGACUGAUCUGCCAAGAGAUAAUUGGACCGGAACCUACUUAGGUGAUUUAGUUAAUGAUGCACAUAACUAUAAAGUGCAUUUCCUAAGAGACACUGAUGAAGUGGUCAGACAAGCAGCCGUAAAACUCAUGGCGGCAGGUCAUGGGCAGAGGUUCAUUACGAACUCCAAAACUGUGGCCGGUAAAAAGUAUUGUUCCAAUCCAUCGUUACCUGAUGUACUUCUUUAUGUUGAGCAGGCUGUCUGUGGCUGUGCAUCUCUUGGUUUUGUUGGAACUUCUGGAUCGACCAUUGCUGAAAAUAUCGAACUAAUGAGAAAAUAUGGCUCCGGUUAUUGUCGGAGUUAACACCUACAUGGAAGAUCACCUUCAAUCUUUGAGUCCUAGUGGAUUGAUUGGAAUCAAAAUUCAAUUAUGCUGCGCCUGGAGAUGAUUUCAUAACUGGUAUUUUGUUAUCGGUUGUCUCCAAACCAUAGUCGUGUCAAGAAACACGAUACACUUCGGUUGAGGCCGUUUUUCAUACUUUGGAUAUGAAUCUCAACUAACUAUGUUGGUAUCUAAAAUGUAGUUGCAGCAAGUGUUUCACAUUUUACUUGGUUGGUACCCCUUUUGGAUGGGGAUGGUGUCCAUAGAAAAAGGUAACUUUUGUUUUCACUUUUCAGAAGCUUUUUAUUGUUUUGGCGUCUAAAACAAACACCACCAACAAAGAUGUUUUGUUAAUUCUUUCUGUAUGCUGAUGAAUGAACAUGUUUAUUGAAGUUUGAAGUGGUAGUCCCUUCUAGCAUUAGGACUUAUUGUUUGUAAUUUAGAGGCUUAAAUGCUUAAUACUGUGGAUUGAGGUUUGAAUUAUGUGAGGCAAGUUACUACUACUCAUCAGUCAUUAUAUCUUA